AUGACCGCGGUCAAACAGAAACCUCCACCUUUUGAGAAAUUCAACUCGAAAGAAGAAGAUUUUACGUCCUGGAGUGAAAGGUUCAGUAUGCAUCUUGAAAGUUAUGAUGUAGCAGCUGAUGCUAAGGUGAGAUUUUUAAUCGCCAGUAUGGGUCCUGAGCCAUAUGCCGCUCUCAAACGCCUUACUUUUCCGAAGCUACCUAAAGAAGAAACGUUUGACGAUCUUAUCAAACAUCUGACUGGAUAUUAUGAUCCUAAAUCGUUAAAGGAAGUGAGUCAAGUUGAAUUUCGCCGUUGUUUACAACACGCUAACGAAAACUUUGCUUCUUAUCAUGCCGCGCUAAAAGAGAUAGCAGCAGGUUGCGAUUUUGGCACACGUCUAGAUGAAGAAAUUUGUGGCCAAAUUACAGCGGGAAUUUACGACUCGCGUUUACAGAAGCAACUAUUAGGUGUUUCUGGUCUUACCUUAACGAAAGCAACUGAAUUGGCUAAAACGUUCGAGUUAGCUACAAGCAGUUAUGAUGCUAUUCAUGAAAAUUCGCCAAGUACGUCUGCUGAAAUAAAGUCCGAAUCGCAGUCUCAGGUGAAUAAAAUUAACGAUCAGGUUUCCAAGAAGAAAUAUAAACCUCCGUGGAAACAGCCGAAUCAAACCCCACCAAAUCAAAACAAGCAUCCUGAAUCCGAUAAAAGUAAUAUCAACGUGUGCUUUCGGUGUGGCUGUAAAAAUCAUCAUGCAACGGUGUGUCGAUUCGCUAAUAGUAUAUGUAAUACGUGUAAUAAAGUCGGGCAUUUAUCUUCGGUGUGCGGUAAAGAUCACGCUGCAAUUCGCGCAGCUGCGUUUGCUCGUAAGAAAAAAUCGUCUGUAAAAAAUGUGUGCGCAUCAAUGUCGGUCGUUGAUAUUAAUAAAGUAUCUGCUGUUUUGUCGUGUAGUGCAGAAAGUGAUAGUGAAAAGCCACUUCCCAAAAUUUUUAUCAAUGUGGUGAUAAAUUCGUCGGUUAACGUAAAAUUUGAAGCCAACUGUGGCUCUGAUUUUUCUUUUAUGUCUCUCGAUAAUUGUCGAAAAUUUGGUCUCGAUGCGAAAUUACAACCAGCUAAUCGUGUUUUCGAACCGUAUGAUCACGGUAUAAUUGAGCUCGUGGGUAUCGUGCCAGUGAAAGUUCGAUUUAAAAAUGUAACAUCGGAUCAGCGUUUACGUAUUGUUGAUGGUAAUUAUGCUACUAUAAUGGGUCGUGAUUGGCUGAUACCAUUUAAUAUCGAUAUUCGUAGUCACGUUACUGGGAAAAUUCAACAAAUGACUACCACCGACGAUUCGAAGUUGCUCCAGCAAAUUGAAAAGCAGAUGGAGGAAUAUUCCGAUAUAUUUGUCGAGCAAGUUGGUGAAGUACCUGGUGUUUUAAUCGAUGUACCCCUCCAGCCGAAUGCAGUACCUGUGUUCUGUAAAGCUAGACUAGUUCCUUACGCUCUUCAGUCAAAAGUGAAUGAUGAAAUUGAUCGUCUUGUUGCGACUGGAAUAUAUACGCCAACUACUACAUCCAAGUGGGCAACGCCAGUAGUACCUGUUCUCAAAAGUAACGGUUCGAUUAGGUUGGUUGGAGACUAUAAUGUAUCUGUUAAUCGUUGCUGCGUUCAGAAAAUUUAUCCGAUUCCAAAUGUCGAGGAAAUUUUAUUGGACUUCAGUGGCUGUACGUUAUUUUCCAAAUUCGAUAUUUAUGAAGCGUAUAACCAUUUGAAGAAUUCGAAGGCAGCGGCUGAAAUUAUGGCGGUAAAUACUCAAAAAGGUGUGUUCCUUGUGAAUCGAUCAGCCCAAGGUUACACUAACGUGCCAGUAGACUUUCAGGGAAAUAUGGACCAAUGGGUUAAAGAUGGAUUGCACAAGACUUCGGAAAAGGUAGACGCAAUUUUGAAAGUGAAAAGACCGGAAAAUGCCGAAGAAUUAAAAUCGUUUGCUGGUUUAGUCGGAUAUUACUCAAAAUUCAUUCCGAAUUGUAGCGAUUUAUUUCAGCCGUUGAGCAAUUCACAAAAGAAUUUCGUUUGGACGAAGGAAUGCAACGAUGCGUUUCAGAAAAUUAAAUCUGAAAUAGCCUCCGAUAGAGUUUUGUGUCAUUUCGAUCCGAAGAAGAAACUCGUUUUAGCAACCGAUGCGUCAUUGUAUGCUUUAGGAGCGGUUCUCAGUCAUGUGGAUGAGCAAGGAGAAAGACCAAUUGCCUUUGCCUCCCGAAAAUUGACUCCAACUGAGGCUCGAUAUAGCCAAAUUGAUCGUGAAAGUCUCGGUAUAUAUUGGGGAGUAAAGAAAUUCUUCAAUUACUUAUAUGGACGCAAGUUUGAAUUAUUAGCUGACUGUCAACCAUUACAAUUGAUUUUCAAUGCGACUGCUAGUAAACCAUCUUUGUAUGCGACUAGAUUGUUACAUUACGCUUUGUUCCUACAAGGAUUCAAUUAUACUAUCAAGUAUCGUAAUACGAAAGCUCAUAGUAAUGCUGAUUUUCCAUCACGUUUUCCGGUUACCAUGGGAAAUCCGAAGCAAAUUGAGGUUCCUACUCAUAUUCAUCAGCUCCAAUUACAAAUGUUACCUGUAACUGGAACCCAAAUUGCAUCUGAAACGAAGAAAGAUGCGACCAUAUCAUCGUUAUAUUCACAGCUCAUCAGUGAGGAGCCAGUUCGUAAUGUUCGCAAUAUUCAAGAAUAUUCUUUGCACAAAGGUUGCGUUUUCCGAGGCGAACGUGUAUAUAUUCCGCCUCCCCUUUGUAAGCAAAUAUUGGAUGAAUUGCACCUUGGACAUUUAGGAAUUGUAAAAUGUCGUCAGCUGGCAAGAAGUUACGUUUAUUGGCCAGGUAUCGAUAAGGACAUCCAGAAUUUAAUCGCUUCGUGUAAAGAUUGUUCCGAUAACUCCCGAAACCCACCCCGCAUUGCGCCGCAUCCGUGGGUACCUACGGAUGGACCAUGGCAACGUAUUCAUUUCAACUGCGGGCAAAUCGAAGGUCGCCAGCUUUUUAUUAUCGUCGACUCGUAUUCACGUUGGGUGGAAUGCUAUGUGUUAAAUUCGAUCAGCGCGCCAAAGCUACUAGAAUGUUUAGACGAUUGUUUUUUGAGAUUUGGUCUACCGAUAAUCUGA